AGGGUGGUGCUUGUGUGGGAAGGACUUUAACUCCAGCUGCCAGACCCCUGAACGGGAGAGGCAGAGAGGACUGGCCAACAUGCACAACUUCCGCAGCCUCCUGGCCCUUCUGCUGCUGCCGCUGCUACUGCUGGGGGCUGCCACGGGCCCCGCCGGAGCCCUCAGUGAUGAUGAAAAACACGUGAUGGUGGAGCUGCACAAUCUCUACCGAGCCCAGGUGUCCCCGCCGGCCGCCAACAUGCUGCAAAUGAGGUGGGACGAGGAGCUGGCCGCCUUCGCCAAGGCCUAUGCGCAGCAGUGCGUGUGGGGCCACAACAAGGAGCGCGGGCGUCGCGGCGAGAACCUGUUCGCCAUCACGGACGAGGGCCUGGACGUGCCGCUGGCCAUGGAGGAGUGGCACCACGAGCGCGAGCACUACAACCUCAGCGCCGCCACCUGCGCCACAGGCCAGAUGUGCGGCCACUACACGCAGGUGGUCUGGGCCAAGACAGAGAGGAUUGGCUGUGGUGCCCACUUCUGUGAGAAGCUUCAGGGUGUUGAGGAGACCGAUAUCCACUUGCUGGUUUGCAACUAUGAGCCCCCGGGGAACGUGAAGGGGCAGAGGCCCUACCAGGAGGGAACUCCAUGCUCCCAAUGUCCCUUGGGCUACCACUGCGAAAACUCCCUGUGUGAACCCAACAGAGGCCCGGAAGAGGCUCAGGAUUUGCCUUACCUAGUAACUGAGGCCCCAUCUUCCCUGGCAACAGAAGCCUCAGGCUCUAGGAAAGAGGGUAUCACUUCUUCCUUAGCAACGGAAACUCCAUCCUUCUUGGUAACAGAGGUCUCAGGCUCCCUGGCAACAAACGCUCUACCUGCUGUAGAAACCAAGGCCCCAUCUUCCUUAGUAACGGAAGACUCCCCUUCCAUGGCAACAGAGGCUCCACCUUCCUUAGCAACUGAGGUCCCUUCCUUUUUGGCAACUCACAGCCUACUCUACUUGGAUGAGAGACCGGCUACCCUCCCCAAAUCAACCCAUGAUCCUACCCCCAAAUCAGCAGAUAAAGAGGCCAGCAGUACAAGAAUGCCCUCCAGGAGCCCAGAGAGUUCUCUGCAGCCCAAGAUGUCCUUGACGGGGACAUGGGAGCCGCUACCCUACACCCAGGAGGAGGGCGAGGCUGAGGCCGAGUCACCUCAUUCCAGUGAGAUCUUGGCCUCAGUUUUUCCAGCGCAGGACAAGCCAGGUGAGCCGCAGGCCACACUGGAGCACAAGGGACACAAGUCCCUGUCCAACUCCCCCAGUGCCUCUGCCACCGCUAAUGCCAUGGGUGGGCGUACCCUGGCCCUGCAGUCCUCCUUGCCAGGUGCAGAGGGCCCUGAAAAGCAUGGCAUCAAGUCAGGGUUGAACUCGAGCCCUGGGCACGGCUGGGGCCUCCUCCUGGUACUGCUGCUACUGCCUCCCCUGGUGCUGGCUGGAAUCUUCUGAAGGGGUCACCACUCAAAGGCAAGGCCUCACGGGGGGGACCCUAGCCUCAUGCCCACUCUGGAUUGUCUUUCUCCAAUAAGAGACCACAGCUUCCUGGAAGGUCCUCUCUGUGGCCCAGCAGCCCCCCUUCACCCCAGCCAGACUCCAGGCCAGAGGCCUUGUGCCCUCAGGAGGCCUCGACAGGGACAAUCCUUGGCACUGCCCCAGGAUGCCUCUGUCUUUGGGGAGGUCCACCCCUCAGCCAGAUGCAGAUUGUUCUGAGCAGUGUUCCUGUGGCCUGUGCCCACUCUCCAGCUGUCCUGUGGCCACAGUCCUGCUCUACCAGGGACAGAUCAUCUCAGGGCUUCCCAGGAACCCCUCAGCCCCUUCCAGUCCCCUGGCCUCUUCCUUGAGCCAUUGGAGUCUAGGGCUGUUCCCAAGAGUGCUUCCUGCCUUCCCAGGGUGAAGAGGUCAGCUGUCCUCCUGCCACCUCCCCAACCCUGUCCCCAGCCCGCCAAACAAGACGUUUCUUGGCUGAAGUCCCUCUGGAAGGGAAAGGCUGCAGGGCAUGUGCCUCAUCCACAGACAUCUUUGGGGGCAUGGGGCCUGGCCACUGCGAGCUCAGGUUGCUGCCCACUGACUGCAUGUGUCUGGACCCCUCCUGUUCCUCCCAUGUCAGUCUGGCGGGGGGCGGUGAGUGAGGACUCUGGGGAGGUCCCUGGCUGCCUGGCCUUGGGUUGUCUGCCUAGGCAAGGUAAGGGUUCUCCCUGUGUAUCCAGUCCCCUAACUUUCCUGUUUAGCAGGCAGCGGGUGUCGUGAGGGGCAGAUGAAGGACAAGCCCCAUCUGAGAGGGGAUCUAUGGGUGGGGCAGGCACGGACCAGUUAAGGGAGGCAGCCCCUGACUCCUGAAUAAAAGCCUGUGUA